CAGAAAGAACGGGGGAUAAGCGACCCCCAAGCCGACCAACUUCAUGAAGAAUUUGUCGCUGGUAUAAUACCAAAAGCUGGGAUCUAUUUAAGUUACCUAUAUUGUAGGCACAAAAGCAGUCUGUGUAGUUUUUUCCGCCGUUUAUCAUGCAACGUAAGAGGGGCAUGACAAACGUCAUAUUUCUUAACUCCGGUGCGGUACUUCUAGAGCAGCUGAGCUUUCUCCAUUGACAUCUCUCCAACACCUUUCACCAAUACCUCACAACCAUCACAAUGCCUGCCGUCGAAUCGAAGUUUGAUCCCAAGGAUAUGGAGUUCCGACGCCUGGGACCUGCCGGUCUCAAGGUGUCUGUAUUUUCAUUAGGGGGGUGGUUAACGUACGGAGGAACACAAAAGGGAAACAUCGUGAAGGAGAUCAUGGAGGCUGCUUGGAACAAUGGCAUCAACUUCUUCGAUACCGCUGAAGUCUACUCGGCCGGACAAUGCGAGAUCGAAAUGGGAAAUGCUUUUGCUGAACUCGCGUGGCCGCGCGACGAGUACGUUUUGUCUACCAAGGUUUUCUUUGGAACAUCGAGGAAAGAGCCCAACACCCGCGGCUUGAGCAAGAAGCACAUCAUCGAGGGCCUGAAGAGCUCUUUGAAGCGUCUGCAGCACGACUACGUCGAUGUUGUCUUCGCCCACCGCCACGACCCUGAUGUACCUAUGAAGGAGAUCGUCGAGGCCUUCACGCAGGCGAUCCACAUGAACCUUGCCUACUACUGGGGUACCUCCGAGUGGUCUGCAGCUCAGAUCCAAGAAGCCACAGAGAUCGCAGAGAAAUACCACCUCAUUGCCCCCAUUGUGGAGCAGCCUCAGUACAAUGCCUUCCACCGCGAACGAUUCGAGAAGGAGUACGCUCCCCUAUACGAGAAGUUCCAAUACGGCACUACGAUCUGGAGCCCGCUUGCAUCUGGUCUCCUUACAGGCAAAUACAACGAGGGCAUUCCAGAAGACUCUCGCUUCGCAAACAACAAGGAUUUCUUUAAGAACACCCUCGAUGGGCUCAAGAGCGAUGAAGGAAAGGCGAAGAUCGAGAAGGUCAGGAAGUUGACGAAGGUUGCCGAAAAGCUCGACGCUUCGGUCGCCCAGCUCGCGCUUGCCUGGGCCGCGAAGAACCCCAACGUUUCGACCGUGAUUCUGGGUGCCAGUAAGGUGCAGCAGGUUCAUGACAACUGUGCUGCUCUCAAGCUACUUCCUAAGUUGACACCAGAAAUUAUGGAGGAGAUCGAGGGUAUCCUUGGAAACAAGCCGUGACUGUCUUCAAAGCUUUGAGCAGGUUGGCGUAAAGGACCAUUUGACAAAGGGGGGCAUGCAUGGCUCGAGAGUAGGGGAAGGUAACUCGACAAGGUGAUCAAAGACAAUUGGCCAAUAACAAACAAGCAAUCCCAUCAUACAUGCGACCACAGCGUCAA